CUAGUCCACCUGUGCUCACGUUAUCUGGGGAGAAGAGAAAGAGAAAGUUUGUCUUUGAAGUCAAGACAGAAUCUCAAAUAUCACUUCCAGGGAAUGUGCUGGACGGCCUCAAGUUAGGAGAACGGUUUUCUGUUAAAACGAAACAUUUGGAGCAGAAAUGAGAGAUAAAAAAAAAAAGGGAUGGACAUCACUGCAUGGACUGUGGCUCUCUCUCUCCCUCCCUCUUGCUGUCUCUCUCCUGGGAUCAUGGCCUGUCUAUAUAAAGGAGAGCCAGUUCCAAAGCUGAGUUCGCUGAGUCAGGCAGACUUCAAGAGACUUCAAGCAACUCUGCAGCUUAUCAAAAAAUCUGACAGAACCCGACCACUUGACUGAUUCACCACUCGGCUGACGGUUGAACUGAAAGGAGUCCAGUUUGUUGAGUCCUCAAGAAAGUUUCAAGGACUGGAGAACCACCCUGCUUUAGGAGAAAUCUACUCCACAGAAGAGCAACCCCUCAAAGGAAGAAACUAUCUUUAACUUGAAGUCUUGCUGAUGAGCGUGAACAUGCAGGAGACAAGCUUCGUCAACCAAAGGAAGGCAGCAGUGGCUCUUUGCUUUGUGCUGGUUGUGCUGGCUCAGCAGGUAUGUGCAGGUCCAUUAGUCCAUCAGGUCCAGAGGGCAGAUUCAACCGGUGUCCAGACCCUGCGGAGGGUAGCUCGUAUGACCCCGCUGUGGAGGAUCAUGAACAGCAAACCUUUCGGAGCGUACUGCCAGAACAACUACGAAUGCUCCACAGGCCUGUGCAGGGCGGGACGUUGCUCCAACAGCCAACGCGCUCCCUCAGAGACCGUGAACUACUAAGACGUCCGAAGAUCCAACCAGCAUGUUUACAUGAGCGUGCAGCCAUAACACUUUUUUCUUUUUUUAAACACGACGGAUGUGCACGUAUCCAGCUUUAUCUUUUUUAUUUGAAAUUGACUUUGUAUUUAUAUGUGCCAAAAGUUUCUGAUAAGAUAUGAAUUUACACAUCAGGUGGUUACGUCCAAGGAAAGGUACAUCAGGGUGAAAGUACUGCGUUACUUGAUGUAUUUCAAAAGAUGAGACUUCGAUUUAAAUUCAGCCUUUUAUACUUGAUUAUCUGAAACCGUUCGUGGUUUCAAAAAGGGUGCAAACAUUUAAACCAAACAGUAAUUCUUACUGUUGUAGACCUUCAGCCUCCAUUCGAAAUUUACAAUGUUAUGAUCCAAGCAGGAUACGCUUUUUAACGUACAUAUCUGAGGCUCUAGUUACCGUGGUCCUCUCGAUUUUAGACUAUUUAUCUGUUUUUUUAAUUCUUGUAACUUAAUGAUGGAUGGAGCAAAGAGCAAAGGGAGCCUUUAAAAGCAGCUCCCCUUCAGUCAUGUCCGGUGUCGUCAUCCAGCUCGUGUUUGAUAAGUUAUCUCCUGAACGCGUCCUUCAGUCUAAUCAUUCCAGUGAUUGUAUUUUACAUGGAAACAAAUGUUUGUUUUUCCCAAGAGGAAUCAUUUGGUUUUUAAAAAAGUUACCGUCUUUAUCUAGUUAGGUUACUGACAAAGACAAAAGGACAACACAAGAUAAAACUAGGCAGGAUAAAGGGCACAAAAAGUUAAUUCUUAAAGGAGCAGAGGUUUCAAACUGCCUUUUAGUUCCAUCUGAAUCCAUUACAAACUGUUUCUUUUUACUACAAACACAAGUUACAGGUUUAACAUUCUCUCCCCGCCUCGUCCUUUCUCCAUCCAUCUCCUCUAAUCGAUCAGCAAUCAGAAUCAGGGACAAAGCUUUUGACUCGCCUGCAUAGUUUACACCUUGCACAGAGCAGGUGAUCGCUGAUGUUUUGUACACAAACAUUUGAGUGGGAUUGCACUUUUUGAAACAGAAAUUAUCUUUGUACUGUGUCUACUGUUCGUACUGUGUGACUUACAUGUAGAAGGCUGGAGAAGAAAUGUGGAAUAAAAGCGUUGGUGAAAGUUUGA